AUGAAGUUGGCAGAGUGCAUACCGGUUUGUAUAAUCAUACAGUUAUGUAUCAUAGGGAGUAUAGACUGUGGAAACAUAUUAGUUUGGCACACUGAAGGCAGUCACUGGAUCAACCUCAAGCCUGUAUUGGAGACUCUGACAGACAGAGGACACAAUGUUACAGUACUGGUGCACAGUGCUUCUCCGUACAUGGACCCCACCGAACGCUCUCGCUUCAGCUACCAACUCUUCAAUGUCUCAGUCUCUGUGGAGGCCUUGGAGGAUUGCCUUGAGGAGUUCAUACACUUUUCCAUGUACGAGAUGGACCACCUGUACUACUGGCAGGUCCACUGGAGACUUUAUGAACUUAUACAAAGACAAAUUCAGUUAAACAUGCAGAUUUUGGAUGGACUGUUAAAGUCGGAGAGCGUCAUGGGGAGACUGAGAGAGGCCAAGUAUGACCUUCUGUUAGCUGAUCCCAUUUGGCCCGGCAGUGAGCUGGUGGCAGAGAUGCUGGGACUUCCUCUGGUGUACACCCUGCGUUUCUCUAUCGCCCACACCUGGGAGCGGCUCUGUGGGCAGCUUCCCGCCCCACCAUCCUACGUCCCCGGUGCCAUGGUAAAAUUAACGGACAAAAUGAGCUUUGCUGAGAGACUGCUGAAUUUCCUGUUCUAUGCGUCCCAGGACAUGACAAUAUACAGUCUGUGGCGUGAUAUAGAUGACUACUACAGUGAGGCUAUGGGUGAGCUGUUACAAUAUCAUUGGAUGAGGUAGCCACAAUUGAUGAUAACCACAGAAUAACAUAGCAUAGUGUAUUUAUUUACAUUUAAAUUCCAAUACUACUUACAUUCUACUGAUUUGUAGUCAUUUGUAAUGUCUGAUUUUAAAGGAAAGCCAACAACAGCUUGUGAGAUGAUAGGCAACGCUGAUCUCUGGCUGAUCCGUACAUACUGGGACUUUGAGUACCCCCGACCUUUCCUCCCAAACUUCAAGUUUGUUGGAGGAAUCCACUGUAAGCCCGCCAAGCUUUUACCAGAGGUAGGCUAUGGCAAAAGCACACUUACCUUAAAUCAGUAUCACUACAAAACACACUAAGUGUGUUUUUAUACGUAGCAUCCGUAACAUUCACAAUGUAAUUCUAAGGCUACAUAGUACAUUAUGGUCAUGUUUUAGCCAUGUCAUGUCAUAGUCAUGUUAAUGUCAUUAUGCUCGGGAUAAGAGCGUCUGCAAAAUUAUUAACAUGUACAUGUUUGAAACAGAGCAAUAUAAAGAGCUAGAUAUACAGUAGGGUUCUAUAAAGUGAGGGAAAAAAGGAUUUGAUCCCCUGCUGAUUUUGUACGUUUGCCCACUGACAACGAAAUGAUCAGUCUAUAAUUUUAAUGGUAGGUUUAUUUGAACAGUGAGAGACAGAAUAACAACAACAAAAUCCAGAAAAACGCAUGUCAAAAAUGUUAUAAAUUGAUUUGCAUUUUAAUGAGGGAAAUAAGUAUUUGACCCCCUCUCAAUCAGAAAGAUUUCUGGCUCCCAGGUGUCUUUUAUACAGGUAACGAGCUGAGAUUAGGAGCAGACUCUUAAAGGGAGUGCUCCUAAUCUCAGUUUGUUACCUGUAUAAAAAACACCUGUCCACAGAAGCAAUCAAUCAAUCAGAUUCCAAACUCUCCACCAUGGCCAAGACCAAAGAGCUCUCCAAGGAUGUCAGGGACAAGAUUGUAGACCUACACAAGGCUGGAAUGGGCUACAAGACCAUCGCCAAGCAGCUUGGUGAGAAGGUGACAACAGUUGGUGCGAUUAUUCGCAAAUGGAAGAAACACAAACCAACUGUCAAUCUCCCUCUGCCUGGGGCUCCAUGCAAGAUCUCACCUUGUGGAGUUGCAAUGAUCAUGAGAACGGUGAGGAAUCAGCCCAGAACUACACAGGAGGAUCUUGUCAAUGAUCUCAAGGCAGCUGGGACCAUAGUCACCAAGAAAACAAUUGGUAACAAUCAUAUGAGACCAAAAUCGAGCUCUUUGCCAUCAACUCAACUCGCCAUGUUUGGAAGAGGAGGAAUGCUGCCUAUGACCCCAAGAACACCAUCCCACUGUCAAACAUGGAGGUGGAAACAUUAUGCUUUGGGGGUGUUUUUCUGCUAAGGGGACAGGACAACUUCACCGCAUCAAAGGGACGAUGGACGGGGCCAUGUACCAUCAAAUCUUGGGUGAGAACCUCCUUCCCUCAGCCAGGGCAUUGCAAAUGGGUCGUGGAUGGGUAUUCCAGCAUGACAAUGACCCAAAACACACGGCCAAGGCAACAAAGGAGUGGCUCAAGAAUAAGCACAUUAAGGUCCUGGAGUGGCCUAGCCAGUCUCCAGACCUUAAUCCCAUAGAAAAUCUGUGGAGGGAGCUGAAGGUUCGAGUUGCCAAACGUCAGCCUUCGAAACCUUAAUGACUUGUAGAAGAUCUGCAAAGAGGAGUGGGACAAAAUCCCUCCUGAGAUGUGUGCAAACCUGGUGGCCAACUACAAGAAACGUCUGACCUCUGUGAUUGCCAACAAGGGUUUUGCCACCAAGUACUAAGUCAUGUUUUGCAGAGGGGUCAAAUACUUAUUUCCCUCAUUAAAAUGCAAAUCAAUUUAUAACAUUUUUGACAUGCGUUUUUCUGGAUUUUUUUGUUGUUAUUCUGUCUCUCACUGUUCAAAUAAACCUACCAUUAAAAUUAUAGACUGAUCAUGUCUUUGUCAGUGGGCAAACGUACAAAAUCAGCAGGGGAUCAAAUACUUUUUUCCCACACUGUAUAUGGCCAUGUGGUGAAGUGAGAGGACUAUUGUUCCAUCAGGACCUGCAGGAGUUUGUGCAGAGCUCUGGAGAUCACGGCGUUGUUGUGUUCACUCUGGGGUCCAUGAUCAGGAACAUGACCACAGAGAAGGCGAAUAUGAUCGCCUCAGCCCUGGGACAGAUACCACAGAAGGUCAGAGAGAACCUAUAGACCUACUGUAGAACAUUCCCUAACCAUAUUUGUUGAAUUACUGGUUCUUAUUUAGGGAAAACCAAGUAGACGUGUUGCAUCUCUCUUGUGCAGCUUGUGUAACAUACUUAAACAGUUCAAUAUAAUAAAGUAUCAAUAAUAACGUAUAAAUAUGUCACUGUCAUGGCCAGAUUUUGUGGAGGCACAGUGGGGAGAAACCUGAGACUCUGGCUCCCAACACCAGAGUGUACAACUGGAUCCCACAGAACGACCUGCUGGGUAGCUAUAGGUUUUUUCUAAAAAAAACAAGAUUUCAUAAUUGUUCCUGUUUGGUAUAGUGCAUAAACCAAUCCAUUCACCAGUGUGAUGUUGAACAUCAUUAUUUGAGACUAUCUUUGGAAUGUCUAAAUUUGGGAUAACUUAUCUAUUUCUGUUCUAUAAGGCCACCCAAAAACUAGAGCCUUCAUCACCCAUGGUGGAACCAAUGGAAUCUAUGAGGCUAUUUACCACGGGGUCCCCAUGGUGGGAAUUCCUAUGUUUGCUGACCAGCCAGACAAUAUGAUCCAUAUGGAGGCCAAGGGAGCUGCUGUCAUCAUGGACUUCAACUCCAUGCAAACCCAGGACCUUGUGGAUGGACUCAAUGCUGUGAUCAAUAACCCAUCGUAAGUUGUCCUCAUUUUCACAAACAUUCAUUUUGCUACAGAGUAAAUGAGCACAUGAAUAUUCACAUGAAUACUCUUCAUUUAUUAAAUACAUAGAAGGAUCUAUGUAUUCUACGUAAUCUAAGAAUUGCUCAACAGGUACAAGGAGAACGCCAUGAGGCUGUCCAGAAUCCAUCAUGACAGACCGAUCAGUCCUAAGGAUGAGGCAGUGUUCUGGCUGGAGUUCACCAUGAGAAACAGAGGGGCCAGGCACCUGAGGGUCCAGGCCCACCAGCUCACCUGGUACCAGUACCACAGCCUGGACGUGCUGGCACUGCUUCUGGCUGUCCUGCUGCUCCUCACCCUCCUCUUCAUCAAAACAGGCCUCUUCUGCAUCAGGAGUUGCUGUUAUGGAACCAAGUCCAAAACGAAGGCAGAGUGACAGGUUCAGCCAUAGAAAUAGAAUGAAUAGAACGGGCAUCUCUAUUGAAGUUAUUGAUGGCAUAAUGGGUGGACUGGCAGCCAUUGCGUGUACACAUAGGAGCAAGAAAUAAAAGCAGGAAGUAAAAACAUCAACAUGUGUUGUGAUUUGUUGAAUCAACUCAAUUGACAUUACAAAAAAUUGUCCAUUGCAUGAGCCACAUCAGUUAGCAUCAUUUGAAUGAAUAUUCUACAUUACCAUGGAAAUUAGGCAGCCAUUGCGAGUGUACCCAUGAGUUUAUUAGUCAAAUUGCCAGGGUUAGAGGUUCCAUGCCCAUUCUGUUCAUUCUACUUUUAUGGGUUCAGCACCAGGUAAUAUUAUUUCAAUACUGUGUUCCUUGACUUUCUUCCUCAUCAGGGAGAAGUGAUGGCCACCAAACAGCAUCAUACUUUUUUUGUCUCAUAUUGUACAUUUCUGUAGGAUAGUUCUGUUUAUUUUAGUUCAAGUUUGUGUUCAUUCCCUGGUUGUAGAGGAAAUGACACACUUCACACAAUUUGAACCUAUUCCUUCAAGAGAAGUGUUCAUAAAUAAUUAUGGAAAUAGUUUAUCCUCAGUGACAUUACAUGGUUUUAUGUUGUCCAUUUUGAUGUAUCAUCACAUAUAACAUCUGAAAGUGUUGAGGAUUGUAGAUAGACUGGGGAGGGGACUGUUUCUUGUUCACGUAGAGUUAAUUUGAUGUUGGACUUGUUGACCCGAAUCUCCUCAGUUGAAAAUGUAAAUAGUCUUCAGGUGUUUUUUUUUCCCCUUCUCAAAUCUCACACAUGGCUAUGAAAGCAUAAUGCUGCAGUUCCCAUCAACCAUGAUCAUAAUAAUAUUAAUAAAACCCCACAACAGAUUUCUUUACUGUGCUUUUACUUUCAAUAUAUUAUUAUUUCCCAGUGUUCAGAGUGCAUCCCCAAAUAAUAAUUACAUUGGCAUAAGAGACUAAGAGAAGCAUAACAUAGUUAAAGAUGAAUUCCACCUAAAUCAACACAAAUUGACAUAACAAAUAUAAUUUCAGUCCCUCUCCAAGCCUACCCACACCAUUUAAAGAAAUGAGCCAACACUUCACCUUAAUACAAAUAAGUGACAUUUUAACAUACAUCUCUGUGAUUUCAUGAAUAACGAAGGUGGGCGAUGCCAGUUUUAUUCAGAUCACCAUCGUUUAGUUUUGCCAUCUUCUUUGACCUUCCACAGCAUGAGCUCCAUACAGGCAGCAGCAUCCUCUGCCGAGUCAUGGCCACCCACUGGAAGAGACAGGAACAAUGCCAUACACACUGUUACUGCAAGACUAAUGUAGGCCUGUAUAUCUUACAUGUAUCUGAAAGCCUUGGAUUAGGAAUGAUUCUCACAUUAGUGGAUACACGUUUUAUGACUGUAGCCUACUACACAACACAAAAUAUGAUCUCUCAGAUUUUCCAUCUCUACUGCAAUGUUCCUUUUUUGAUUAGUGUUCUAAGAACACAUUUAAGUGUAAGCAGUGACUGGACAGAGUUGGGAUUGUGAAAUACUUUUCAUUAAAAACAUUCAUGCAACAUCUUUCCCUGAUUUCACCAUGAUCAGUUUGACGGUACAAAACUUUAAUGACACAGUAGAUGGACAUCCUCCCCAUUGCCAGAGACUUGUUUGUGUUUGACCCACCACUCUCCUGGAUGAUCCUCCUCAGGUAGUCUGCUGUCAGGUUGUGAAGGGUCAUCUUAUGAGGCAGGCCCAGGCGGUGGGGGAACGACACAGAGGUGUCCACCACGGUGCCGUGGAGCAGCUGAGACAGGCAGGGGACAAACUUUAUGGGCCAGUUUCCCCAGACACAGAUUAGGCCUAGUCCUGGACUAAAACGCAUGCUCAAAGGAGAUUGUCAUUGGCAGUAGUAAUAUCGUUUUAUUCUACAGUAGUUUUAUUUGUUGUACCGAUAUUGUUUCGAAAGAAAUUCUACUGAUAGACUUUCCAUAGUGUCCAUUCACUAAUAAAUAGUUAUCAAAUAAUGCAGCUCAACUCACCUUCAGUGCACAGAGGUCAGUUUCCAAGCCGUAGCCGAUCAGUAUAGUCUCUGCACUGACAAAGCUCAGUAGAGUCUCCUGAACAUCACGUAGGGACGAGCUUGUUCCUUUCACAUCAGCUUCAUUGAUGCCUGAAAACCUGGAGGAGCAGAGAGCAUUAAGGACUUCCUUGCAUCCUCGUCUAAAUACUGGAUUAAAUAAAGCAGUCUGUCGAGAUUCAAUAUUAAUUCUGGAGUGUUGUGUGGCCUUACCUGGUGUUGUAGUCAAUGACUUCAUUAUCAGGUUUCACAAAGGUGUCAUAGAUGACCUGCAAACUGGAGUUGACAACAGUCACUCUGGCCAGCUCCAGACCUUGAGUGGUGUAGCACUGAAAAAAAUCUGAAUUUAUUAGCCAUACAAUAAAACCUUUACCAGAUCACUAGUGUGGCAGUGUGGACAUUGAUAUCCAAAACACACCGGCCCAACCUUAAUUGGCAUGUCAUGCAAAAUGUUGCCUAUGAAUUCCAGAAUGUUACUGUUGAAUCUCACCAUUUCACAGUCGAUUGAGAACACACCCGGGCAGAUCUUGUCAGAGGCAGGCCUAGGAAGGGUACUGACAAAGCCAUCCAAGCGAACUGCAUCAUGGACAUGCAACUGAGGGGGAAAACAUAUGUGAGCGAUACAAAAUGUUUCAUGACAUCUUUGAAGGGUAUUAUGGAAAAUAAGUGUAAUGCUCCAUUCAUCUUCUUACCUUGAAAACUUGGCAUCCAGGGCAUCCAGCCACACCCUCACAGCAGCUAUAGCGUGUUUCCACUCCACCUGGAACUGUACAGUAAUAGCAAGUUACGGAAACAUAAUUAAAUAUCUGUUUUGAGACAUGUAGAACAUACCAUAAUGUCCUCUCACCCUUCUUCUCAACUCCUUUCCCAUAGUGGUAGUUGCACUCCUCCUUGCGAGUGUGCUUUCCCGCUUGGUUCACAGAGUAAGUUGCCCCACAACGACAGCAAAUCCUCUUCAAAGCUUUUCUCCCCCAGAAACAAAACAAACACAAGUUGCCAAUUCAGGAGUUAAACAGAGCCCUGAAUGCAAAGACCUGAUAAAAGCUGAAGUACGCCCUCUUCUGGAAUGGGGAAUGAAAAAUAGAGCAUGAACAGGCCCAUGUUGACUACAAUACCCGAGGUAGACCAGUCCUAGGGAAAUGACAUACCACAGCCAAUUGCCCUCAAAUUAAAAUAUGGACCAUCGAAGCCAGUGCCACUGCUUUCUUUCAAUGUUCCCCUCUAAUCAGGGACUGAUUUAGACCUGGGACACCAGGUGGGCACAAUUAAUUAUCAGGUACAACAGAAAACCAACAGUAUUAUGGACCUCCAGGGUAGGAUUUGAAUUACCCUGGCAUAUUGGAUGUAUUGCUUAUGCCAAGCACGUAAAAUACAUGCUUAUGACUAAAUAUGUCACAUUCCAAGAGGUCAAUUUUUGCAGUCGGUCAGCAAUAUACACCUGAACAAUGCAGUUCUUCAUACUGUACUCACGAUCAGUGAUUCCCUUCUUAUAGUCUUCACGGUACAGUAUGGCACUGCCUGAUUUUUCUGGGUGCUGAAGAGGAUAGUUGUUCUCCGUCAAUAUCUCCUCUGACAGAAUGUGCUCCUUCAAACUGUCAUACAAUGCAGCAUCUCCUUCAGCAGAAAAUGAAUAGGAAAGCUAAAUUAGUAAUGGAAGUGUCAGAAAAGCAGUAAAGAUGAUAUGACACAUAGCAUAAGAACUUGGGAAAAAAUCGUAUCCCUUAAUAAAAAUGUGUGUUGAGGGACGCUUGAUACCAUUUGCCCAAAGUGCUUUUUCAUUGAGUGGAAUAUUUCCUCUGGACAUCUGGACAUUGGUUUCAUUUCCAGCUGCAAAAGAGCAGACAAAUUUCAGCUAAUAAAGACAACCAUUACCUUGUCAAGACAAGAAACAAUUAAACUUGAGUUGCAAAGCCCAAAAUGUCAACAUGUCCUUUGUUCACAUCUUUGUUCUAACACUUUAUAUAGACUACAGAAGAUAUUUAACAAUAUAAUAUCAUACUAUUGCAAGUAAUCAAAAAGCAAUUUAGGAUACAGUCCCUCAGUCGCUGUAGAUUCCCACCUUUGACAAAGACUGUGCUCUGGUUCUUCAGCCUCUUCAGUGCGUUCACGGCAACACUCAGAUACUUGAGUUUGUUGAUGCUGCGAUCAUACACAGUCUUCUCCUCAGCAAGUGCCUAAAGUUUAAUCACACUGUCACAGCUUCCAACAUAAAACACUGAAACAAUAAGUAAUGGAAACAACAUGUAUGACAAUUCACAUUUAAUAUAAUCAUGGAUAAAAUAAUGUUGACUGCUCUGGUACAUACCUUUUCAAAAGCAUCUUGUACAGUGACAGAUGUUUUGAGGAAUUCCUCUACAAACAGGUUUACAUAGCGCUGCCGUACGUCAUGUGGGACUUUGGCGCCGACCUCAGGACGCGUCUUGGCUUUACGUUUGGUAGGAAUGGGCUGGGAGGACAAAAUCAAAAUAAUGAUUGUUUUUUUACUUGAGGAGAAACACAAUACAAAUUACCUUGCCAUGCAGUUUUUUAGAAAACCAAUAUGAAAAUAAUCUGCUCAGUAAAGUCUUACUGUGUCAAUAUAAAGAAAAAUCACUAAAGCCAUUUCAUUCCACCUUUACAUUAUGUUGGUCCUCACCUUAGCAGGGAUAUAGGCAGUAGGCUGAGGUUGUACAGGAACAGGGGUAACUGGGGUAUGGACUGGGGUUUGGACUGGGGUGACUGGACAAUUAGCUGAAGUGAUGGGCAGAGUGUAGCUUCCCUCUGGGAGGAUGAAGUGCAGGUUGUUGCCCACCUGGAUGGCUGUUCCCACAGGUAUGAUGUUCACAUAGGCUAGCAGGGAAAAUAUUUAACCAAUGACUUGGUAUCAUGUACGGAUGGAAAUUAGAUGCAUUUAAUAUAGAUGAAAUCUUUUGAUGCAUAACACAGACAAAAAAUAUGUACAACAGGAUAUACAUGCCAACUGACUGGAAGUGUGUGUUUUCAUCCCAAGAGAAACAUCACCCUGUUGUACUUUAUCAUUUCCAACUCAAAUUGCAGUGAUUGGUACAUUCCUCACACAUACAAAAGCAUCGUUUACACAUUACAGUUAUGGACUCUUACUUACAAUUUUGCAUAGUAGUAUGGUGAUGAGUUGGCUGGUGAAUGAGGUAUUGAACUGGAUGAUGGGUGGCAUGAUGACUGGCCUGAUGAGCAGGAGAAGCCAGCGUCACCAUUUUUCUCUGUGAGUUGGAGGAGAUGAACGCCUGGCCUCCUUUUAGAGCAGCGGACAACACGGAGGCCCUCUGCUGCAGCUGCUGGAUCUUAGAGGGGUUGGACAACUGGGGGACUCCUCCUCGGAAAGGAACUAUCACCUGGGCUUUGCUUUUGCCCACUGGCGGCUAUAGGACAGGAAGGCAGUCAAUUACAAUAAGAACAGUUUCAUGAAUCACAGUAAAAAGUAUAUCAUGUGCUUGAGUUGGAGUCUUCAAUAGUGUACCUCAGUAUAUCUGGACACAUGGGCCACCCUCUUCCUGGGUCCUGGCAACGGUUUGGGUUUCACUGCUAACCCUGGUGUCUCCACAUCCACAGCUCCUACCUAAAACACACAACGACAACAUUUUCCUAUCUCCAUUGAACUGUCCAACUAUCCCACCCAGUGUGUGUGUGUGUGUGUGCACUUACAAGUGUACUAGCCUGGUCUGUGGAUCCCUCGUCACCCUUGUUGGCUUCCUCCAUGAAGAUGCGAUAGCAUUCCUCCAUUGUGUCACUAUCAGAUAACUCAGAAUACUCAAGCUCCUCAGAACUUGAAUCAAUAACAACUUGUUCAUUCAUUGCUUCCACGGUAGGCUGUUCAAAAGAAGCAGAUUGUAAUUCUACUCCAUUAGUCCCUGACGUAGUUGGCCCAUAUAACAGCUGGCAUUGGGUGAUACCCGCGGUAGUGGCCGCUUGCUCUACAAAGUUUGCUACCGGAACUGGACUAGGAAGGGCAAAAUCAAGCCCUGGCCCUGGAGUUUGGCCUGGGAUUUUCUGAAGACAUGGCACUGAUGAUACACUUUGUACAGGUGACCAGUAACUCUGAGCAGAGCUCUGUGCUGCUGGCUGCUCACUUCUCUGGGUCUCAAUGGGGUGUUUAUGGGGGGAGGAGACAGAGGGAGGGACUAAAACAUGAUGAGGUAGUGAAGAUACAUGUUCAUAUAAGACUUCAUUGGGUUGAAGAUGGUUACUGUUCUCAACACAGUUGGAAGCAAGCUCACGUUCAAGCAAUACAGGCUCUGCCAUCAGUAAGUUGACAUCAGUCUUAACAACUGGAUCAUUAUGGUGACGUGUCUGUAAAGAUGAUACAGGUUCUGUGCCACCGUUGCUUUCCGCAGUGGCCUCAGCCUCUUGGUAACAAACUAUUCUCUCACUUUCACUCCUCAGGUUUUCCAAGCAUUUGGACAAGUCAUCGAAUACACUCACAGCACUGGGUUCACCUUCAUUUUCCUGACUAGCAGAAACACUAGAUAGGCCAUAAGUGUUAAGGUUAUCAUCUUUCACAAUCUCAGACACUGCAGGUGGGGAUAUGACUUUGACUACUUCAGGACCAGGAGUGGACACAGGAAGUGGAAUAGUAAGUGGCGCAUGAGCCACAGUAGGAACAGGAAUAGGGUGGACUUCCUCUUUGAUUUCCUGUGAUUGGUUUGUGGUGGUCUUACAGGGCUUCUGAGCCCGACUCUUCUUUCUGUCGCUCUCCAGAGGUGGAAUAUCAAUGAUGAGGACCCCUUCUUCUUCUUCAGAGUCAUCAACUAG